AUGAAGAAAGAUUAUGUCAAGGUCAUCAAUGAAUACUUGGACCUCGGCCAUAUGGAGAAGGUCGAGGAUAAAGAAAGGACGGAUGCGGUGUAUUUACCACAUCACGCAGUAGUGCGAAAUGACAAGAUCACCACCAAAGUGAGAGUUGUUUUCGAUGCGUCGUGUACGGGAACAAAUGGUGCGUCGUUGAAUCAGGAUCUGUUGGUCGGACCAACUCUUCAACCUGAGUUGCGUCACAUCCUGAUGAAUUGGCGCCAGUUUCCAAUAUGCCUCGUUGCAGACAUCAUUAAGAUGUACAGGCAAGUCAAGGUGUCUAAGACGGAUGUUGAUUUUCAACGAAUCCUAUGGCGUGAAAACUCAGAAGAUGAGUUGCAGCAUUUCCGUCUUCUCCGUGUUACCUUCGGCACAUCAUCGGCACCAUACUUGGCGGUGAAAUCCUUACAGCAGAUUGCACACGAUGAGGGAGCUGAUUUUCCUCUUGCGUCGAACCGUGUGUUGAAAGACUUCUACGUCGACGAUUUGAUGACAGGAUGCCAGAAUGUCGAAGAAGGUAUUAAGAUCUACCACGAAAUGAAGAAGUUGCUUGGUCGUGGAGGAUUCGAGCUUCAGCGAUGGUCUACCAAUAAUUCCGAAUUAUUGGAUCAUAUACAGGAAGACCAUAGACAAGCAACCGGAGGACACCUGGAACUUAAAAUAGACACGGUUAGUAAAAUUCUAGGACUUACCUGGAAUAGAAGCUCCGACGAAUUCGAGUACACCGUGAAUCUUCCUCCUUUGGAAACUCCUGUAACGAAGCGCAGAGUUAUUUCGGACAUCGCAAAAUUGUUUGACCCUCUCGGAUGGAUAGCUCCAGCCAUAAUAACAGCAAAGGUUUUCAUACAAAGAUUAUGGCUGUCAGGCAUCGAUUGGGAUCAGGAACUCCCUUCAUCACUGCUGAAGGACUGGCUUAAUUACAGAGAAGAGUUGAAACAACUUACCCAAUUUCGUCUUCCUCGUUGGAUUCAUGCUUCCAGUGAUGACUCUCUAGUAGAGCUGCACGGCUUCGCCGAUGCAUCCAAUAUCGCGUACGCUGCUGUUGUGUAUGCUCGCAUUAUCGACAAAGACGGUUCCAUUCAUGUCAACCUCAUCACAUCCAAGACCAAAGUGGCACCAGUCAAGCAGGUGUCGAUUCCGAGACUCGAGCUUUGCGGAGCAGUGUUGCUCGCCAAGCUCUUAAAGGAAGUUUCGACAGUUCUCGGAGUACCCAAGCAACAGAUCCAUGCCUGGACUGACUCCUCAGUAGUAUUGGCUUGGCUCAGAA